GGAAUAUCUCUGAAGUGAAAUUUGUUUUUGUUGUCCCUUUUAAACAAAAAGAAGAUCUCAAGAUGAGUGAAGAAACAUAUGAAGAAACGAUGGAAUCAAGUCAAUCUCCUCGUCCUGCUCCAAAACUGAACGAGAGGAUCCUCUCAACUCUAUCGAGGAGAUCUGUAGCUGCGCAUCCAUGGCAUGACCUUGAGAUUGGUCCUGAAGCUCCAUUAGUCUUCAACGUGGUGGUUGAGAUCACAAAGGGAAGCAAAGUGAAAUAUGAACUUGACAAAAAGACCGGUCUUAUCAAGGUAGACAGGAUCUUGUACUCAUCGGUUGUUUAUCCUCACAACUAUGGAUUCAUCCCCAGGACAUUGUGUGAAGACAACGAUCCUCUCGAUGUUCUUGUCCUCAUGCAGGAACCAGUGCUUCCAGGAUGUUUUCUCCGUGCUAGAGCCAUUGGAUUAAUGCCCAUGAUUGAUCAGGGAGAGAUGGACGACAAGAUCAUAGCCGUGUGUGCAGACGAUCCAGAGUACAAACAUUUUACCGACAUCAAACAACUCGCUCCUCACCGUCUCUCAGAAAUUCGUCGUUUCUUCGAAGACUACAAGAAGAACGAGCACAAGGAGGUGGCUGUUAACGAUUUCUUGCCAUCGGAGAAGGCACAUGAAGCAAUCCAGUACUCCAUGGAUCUAUACGCUGAGUAUAUUCUCCAUACCUUGAGGAGAUGAACCAACAACAUCACGUUAUCUUCACAUACACGGAAAGAAGUUUAUGCUUCGCAGCAUCCCCGCAAUAAAAUAUUUCUACGGGAUUAUUAUUUUGAAUAUUCAUUUUUCAGACAUUAUUUCGAAUAUUCAUAGUUAUUAUAUAUAUAUGUUCAAAUUUUCCAGGUUUCUCUUGUUAACUUUUUUUCUUGUGAUGUUGCAAUUCUGUUGAGUUGUAUAAUUUGAAACUGAUACAAACUGUAUUUUUCUUCCUUUCUGCUUUGUUGUUAGGUAAUUCGUUUGCUAAUGGGCUCUACAAUCUCUUUAGGUCCAAGUAUAUCGGGC